UGUACCGCUGUUAAGAGUUAAGACCGGUUGAUAGCCUGCCGACACGGUCGUUAGACUGAAAUCAAUUCCAAAGAAAAUCAAACGUAAUUCAAAAUGAAAAAAAAAAAUGAAAUAAUUGCUCGAUCGAUCCUCUUUCUCAAACACAAACAGCAGCUUUUCCUUUUCUCACCACUUUCACCCCCAGCCACCCAUUGCUAAACCACCACCAUUCACACACACACACACACACUCUAUCUCUCUCUAUCUCUUAAUAAUAAUAAUAAAAUCUUGCUUGUUUUUAUAUAACACAAACACCCCACACCAUCCUCUUCGUACACAAUAUGGAAGAAACUGAAACUGGGUGGAGGAGGACUAACUCAUCCUUCAGUGGUGGUGCUGGUGGGGGACAGAAUAGUAAUUUGACAAACAAUAUUGCAUGGGAUAACUGGGACAGCAAUAUAGUUACUAGUCUUACUUCUUCUCAUGCUGCUGCUGCUGCUACACAGUAUAGUGUGGUCAACGCGCUUCUUUACAACUCCGGCUGGAAUAAUAAUCAUAAUAAUUCGGACCCUCAUAUGAUGUGUUUGAAGCUCGGGAAACGUCACUACUGCGAGGACAUGGUAGCUGAGUCAUCAUCAACCGCCAGUACUAAAAGAGGCAAACUACCCUAUGAGGCUGUUGCUACGGCGGUAACUACGGUGAACACUCGGUGGCCGGUAUCUACCGGGGUAAGGGUGGCGUCUACAACCAGAUGCCAGGUGGAGGGGUGCCACGUGGUGCUUGGUAACGUUAAAGAGUACUACCGGAGACAUAAGGUGUGUGAGAUUCAUUCCAAGGCGACUCAGGUUGUCGUGUCGGGGCUUCUACAGCGGUUCUGUCAACAGUGCAGCAGGUUUCAUGACGUCACAGAGUUUGAUGACACAAAGAGGAGUUGCAGAAGACGCUUACAAGGACAUAAUUUGCGAAGAAGGAAAGGAACCAUUUCCAAUUCUCUACCUCGAAACUUUCCGCACUCUCUUGAGAAUAAUUCUGCGAUGGAGCGGCAUAUUGGACCACUAUCAACAUUACCAAUGUCAUCUUCGUCGUCAUCAUUAUCAAAGUCGAAACCUGCGUGUGCUCUCUCUCUUCUGUCAUCUCCAAAAGCCAACCCCUGGAUAUCUUCGAGUGACAUGUCCUCUAGAUGCAGCGCUGCACUUCAUGAACUAAUCGCUGCAAAUCGAGCAACUUUUAAUUCCGGGCAUUUUUUGAAUCCAAAUACUUCUCAACCAAUUAUUGAUGAUACGAUGCACACAUCACAAGAAACCGAUCGGUCCAGUCGUACAACUACGACACUCGAUGUAAUGCAAGCUCCGGCUUUGGAUUUUGGUCUUUUGGCCAUGAAGGAGCCCAAGGGUCAAGAAGACUGGACUGACUAUUGUUGGUCUGCCUUGGGGGGUGCAAAUGUUGUGUAGCAUUUUUUUAUAUUUUGUCAAUCUGUUUUUUAUUAACAUUUGAUGUAACAUAUUGGUGAAGGUAAUAAUUAUUUGUUUUAUUAUUUAA